AUGGUGUUCGUCAUAAACAUGAGAGUCUUCAAAACGAUAUUUACUCUCUUAAUUGCGGUUACGAGUUUGGUCCAAGCUGGACCAGCCUCAUUUUUACGUCUAGAACAUAGGACUGAUGAUGACUCUCUGUCACUUCCUAUGGAUAAUUUGGAGUUUUCUUCAACCAACAGCAGUUCAACGACUUCACCGACCCAGGACACUUACGAUCAACGUCAAAAUGGAACCGAAAAUUAUCAAAUUCAUGUAGAUGGUUUUGUUAUCGUCGUUGCACCAGUGGAAGCUCUUUUGCUGGCUGAUGCGGUUUCUGGAGGCGGUAACAAUGAUUUUUUUGCUGGACUUACGGGAGCUGCUAUUAAGCCGCCACAAUCUAAACCUGAAGAAUCGAAACCAACACAAAAGCCUGUUGAAGAAAAACCUGAUACGUUAAUCAAAAAAUCAGUACCCAGGCCUCACGUCAGACUUGUCAGCUUCUUAACACCAUUCCUACGAAAAAUUGCACAGCAUUGA